GGCCGUCAUGGCCAUCGUGGCCCUGCAGAUCGCCUCCACCACCGCCCUCUUCGUCUACUUCACCAUGGCCAUCUCCAAGCUGAAAUCCCAGGCUCCGGGCAGUGUGGAGGAGCUGCGCUGUCUGCAGAUGCUCAAUCAGCAGCCCGAGGGCUCCAGCCUGGAGGAGCUGAGCAGCAGCCAGGGCUGUCUCAAGCUGGCCAGCACCAUCAAAGCCUAUGUGGCCACGGUGACAGAGAACAUCAUCCGCAGGAGCGCUGUGAAGGAGGCCUGGCGCAGAUACUUCAACACCUCGGAGGGGCAGCUGCCUCCCAAAGCAGCCGGGAAGCCCUCAGCACACCUCGCCCUUCGCCCACAGAACCUGGCYCAGGAUGGGAGCUCCCAGCGCUUCGGGAACCUGUCCCAGUCAUGCCGCCACGCCAUCACGCACUGGGGGCACGGCAGCCUGCACUCGCACGUGCACAACAUGACGUACCGGGCCGGGCGGCUGCGCGUCGAGCAGCCGGGCAAGUACUACGUGUACUCGCAGAUCUACUUCCGCUACCGCGGCGCCGGCGCSCGCGACUCGGGCCCGCAGCUCGUGCAGUGCAUCCAGUGGCAGCCGGCGCACAGCCAGCCCGUGCUGCUGCUCAAGGGCGUGGGCACCAAGUGCUGGGCGCCCGAGGCCGACUACGGGCUCCACGCGCUCUACCAGGGCGGACUCUUCGAGCUCAAGGCCGGCGAUGAGCUCUUUGUCUCCGUCUCCUCCUUGGCCAUCGACUACAACGAUGCAGCAGCCAGUUACUUCGGGGCCUUCCGGCUCGACCUGUGA